AUGGCUUCGGAACACAAAGAAUUUACUGCAGUGUGCACGAAGCUCAAGCUCGAGAUGCUGGAGCUGCUGCAGACGAAGCACGAGCUGCCCCAAGAGACUCUCGAUUGGCUCAAUGAAGUGGUCGAGUACAAUUGCAGCGGCGGUAAGCUCAAUCGUGGAAUGAGUGUCGUCCACUGUACGCAGGCCAUGGCUACAGGCAAAGUCCUAACGCCAGAGCUGCAGGAGAAGGCUAGCAUACUCGGCUGGUGUAUUGAAUGGCUUCAAGCAUUCUUCCUGGUAGCGGAUGAUAUCAUGGACGACUCGACCACACGGCGUGGACGUCCGUGCUGGUUUCGCAAAGCCAACGUGCAGAUGAUCGCCAUCAACGACGCGUUCCUGCUCGAAGCCUUUGUCUUCCAGAUCCUCAAGAAACACUUUCGCUCCGAACCGUUUUAUCUCGACUUGGUCGAGACUUUCCACGAUGUCAUCUUUCAUACAGAGAUUGGCCAGCUGCUCGACUUGACGUCGCAGUCUUUAGACAAGGAGGUUGACCUUGAUCGGUUCACUAUUGAGCGGUAUCGUCAGAUUGUGAUUAAUAAGACAGCGUAUUACACGUUUUACCUCUCGGCUGCGUGCGCCAUGUUCCUCAACGGAGUCGCGGACAAAGCCUCGCACGAUAUAGCCAAGACCAUCUGCGCGCAAAUCGGCGAGUACUUCCAGAUUCAGGACGAUUUCCUGGACUGCUACGGUGAUGAGCAGGUGAUUGGCAAAGUGGGCACGGAUAUCCAGGACAAUAAAUGCAGCUGGCUGGUCGUCCAAGCGCUGGACCGUGCGACGCCCGAACAAAGGAAGACGCUGAAAGAUAACUACGGCCGCAACGACUCGGAUGCCAUUGCAGCGGUGAAGAAGCUGUACAAUGAGCUUGAUCUCGCUGCGGCUUACCACCGCUAUGAGGAGGAGACAUACAAGGCACUCUCUGAGGAAAUCGCGCAAGUGACCGUGAUGCCGUCAGAGGUGUUCAGCUUACUGGUCGGUCGAAUUUUCAAGCGCAACAAGUGA